CAAUUCUACAUCAUGCCUGAAGCAAUCUCUCACCACAACAUUGUCGAGAACGUCGUUGGAGAAGCUCAUCACGUCAACCGUGCCGCUCCUGCAUUCGUCCGCGAAGAUGGCAAACCAGUGCCUAAGCUGUUCCAGCCCCUGAAGCUCCGUGGCCUGACUCUCCCUAACCGCAUCUUCCUGUCUCCUCUAUGCCAGUACUCAGCAGAGGACGGCCAUUACACAAAAUGGAUUGCACCUCUAAAGGAAGUCGUCGACUUUGCCCACAGUCAAGCAAGCACUGUGGCUCCCUGGUUGAGCGCAGGUGCUGUUGCACCAAAGGAGCAGAAUGGGUGGCCAGACAAUGUCCUUGCACCUUCUGCUAUUCCCUGGAACGAGCACCACGCAAAGCCUCGUGCUAUGACUCUUGAGGACAUCGAGAGCUUCAAGAAGUCUUACGCCGAUGCAGUCCGCCGUGCCAUGAAGGCCGGAUUUGAUGCGAUCGAGAUCCACGCUGCGCAUGGAUACCUGCUGUGCUCGUUCUUAUCGCCCACAUCCAACCAGCGUACCGACAAGUACGGUGGAAGCUUCGAGAACAGAACUAGACUUCUUCUCGAGACUGUUGACCUCGUCAGAGAGAUCAUCCCUGAGACUAUGCCUCUCUUCGUCAGAGUCAGCGGAACCGAGUGGCUAGAGGAGGUUGAAGAGAUCAAGGAGAGCUGGACCUCGGAGCAGACCGUUGAGCUCGGAAAAAUCCUUGCUGAGCGUGGCGUCGACUUGAUGGACGUCAGCUCCGGUGGUAAUCACCCCAAGCAGCACCCUCACGCAGCUCCUGGAUACCAAGCACCUCUCAGUAAGGCAGUCAAANAGGCCGUUGGUGACAAGAUGGCUCUGAGCGCUGUCGGUAGCAUUCACACUGGCAAGUUGGCAAAUGAGCUUCUCGAGGAAGGUCUCGACGUUAUUAUGGUCGGCCGUCUCUUCCAGAAGAACCCUGGUGUUGUGUUCUCCUUUGCCGAAGAACUUGGCGUUGAAGUCAACAUGCCAAACCAGAUCAGCACGCUGACUUUGGAAGCANGAUGGGGAUGGUCAAAGAGAGGUGCUUCUCAAAUGAAGACUCUCUUGGAUGCAAACCUUUGA